UGUGUCAAAUGGAACAUUACAAAACGUAUUUAUUGGUAUGAUCAACAGCCUGCGUGACGUGUUGGUAAAACUAAAAACUUAUAAAGGUAGUAUAAUAGGUGAUCGACCAGUAAUUGCUUGAAGCUAAUAAAUGAAUCAAUUAGAUAUGCAUUGUUCUUAAAAGGUUGUUAGUAGUGUCAUAGUUACUCUGUUCGAACAUGACCUGACACUGACAUGUACAAGAAAAAUGAACAUGUUAAAAGAUACAAAUUAAGUGUCUGAAUUUUCUGAAUGUUAUUUUUUAACAUUAAUAUUAAUCCAUUUGUGUGUUUGCUUCAUAUUAUUUUAUGUAAUUAAUUUUUUUAACACUUUACUUUGCAGACGUUUAAGGGCGUCGAGUUUCGCACAAGGCGUUGCACAAACCAAGAUGGCCUCAGAAACUCAUGGCGAGAGCGACCAACAAUUUAAUUUCGCCAUAGUCUUUUACGGAGGUUUGAAAAUAUGAAAACAUCUUAUCUUAUCGUAUCUUAUCUUAUCGUAUCUUAUCUUAUCGUAUGCUACAUUUUAAGAUUUUUGGAUAAAACCAGGAUACUGGGGGUGGUUUUUUGUCAUUAAGUAACUUUAGUGAAGCAUCUAUAAAAAGUAUCAUUAUUACCAUUGCGUAUACUCCAUUAUAAACGUGCGUUUUGCAGGUAUGCGCUGGGAAAUGUUCAGAGUACGACUGAAUGGUUUUGUGAUGAGUAACGACACAGAGACACUAAAUUGCAGUAGAACGGUCACGAAUAGUUACGAGAACUAUGUCCCACCAAACUACUGUCGGUUUCUUUACGAGAUUUAAAACAAAAAUCUCUUUCAUCCGCAAAAUUUUGGUAGUGAAGAAUAUUUACAAAAAAUCAAUAGUCAAUCCAUGCACCACAAGGUCCAGCAUUUAAAGACAAAUGAGACGAUCAUGAAACAUAAGUUCCAACGUUUAAACACGAUUGAUUCCUUCAAUUAUGCGCCAUAAUAUGGUCCUGCUUAUAAGAACAAAUAAAUCUUAAAUCAUUACAACAAUUACUCCACACACAAAAAGUGUAUUUAUUUUUGCAGCAUGUACUCCUGCACCAAUCCAAUAUCUAUUAUUCAUUCAUGCACCAAUCAUUCAUUCAACCAUUAACCAAUACAUUUUAUAUUUAUUGUUUUAUCAAUCUGCCAAUCUUAAUUCUUAAUGCAUGACAAACUAUUACCCUUACCCCACCCCCAAAUACACAUCAAAAUGCCUUAUCUCUAAAUAUUUAAACUGGAAUUUACGUAGCGUGUAGGACUUCAGUAAGGUUGAAGUAUUAAUAAGAAAUAUAAAAACAAGGUACGGGGCAACCUUAAGAAAGACGAAACAGACUCGGAACUUUUAACCUUAUCCUCAUUUUUUUUUUAAAUGCUUCAUUUUCUGUGUUUGUUCCACACCUACCAGGCUAAGUUGUGCAUUUAUUCUCUUACUUAUGUAUAGAGAGAUGGCUGUGACAGUAUGGCUGGCGAUUAUUAUUGUGAGUAGUGAGUGAAGUUGGUGACCUGAUUGGCCUGUGUUGUUGUUAUGUGGUAUGACUGGACGUUGUGUGUUGUUUUUAUUCAUGAAUGUUUUAAACUUAAAUGCAUGGAAAAGUGUAAUGAGGGAUCAUGAAUAUAGAGGUAUAAAAAGGAAAAUAUAGAAUAAAGUUUAGUUGUUACACCGAACACAGGAGCGUAUGCGUCAUUCAUUUCUAUUACAAAUGGCAUCAACAACUAAUCGGUUAAUAUGACAUGGGCAGUCAUUUAAAAAAAUGUAUUUACAAUUUACUUUUGUGAAUCAAUUUUUUUUUUUAAAUUACAAAAAAAGUGAAAACAAUAAACACAUAUUUCGUACUACCUAUUUAUAAAGUCGUAUCUCAUUUCAUGCCUGAUGUCCACCAGAUGGAGUGACACCACCAACCAACUGUAGGAUAGGGGACUGCAUUGGUAGUGGUGGGUUUGGGAAAGUCUAUCUUAUGACUGCAGUCGACAAGAUGCUCAAUAAGGAACUUGUUGCUAAACAGGUGUCGUUAACGUCGUACGGAAAUGAGAACACCAUGGUAAUGUGUUUAUUAUUAAAUGUGGUCAAUUUGGUGAUAUCAUAUAUAUGUAGGCUCACAUUCUUUUCAGCUAAAUUUUGUUGAUAUGACGAUGUGUUUAUCAAAGUAAUUUCAAAAAAAAUCACUUUGAUAUUCUAUGUAAAUACAAAUGCAAUGGUUUCAGAGGCCAAAAUAAUUUCUGAUAUGUUGUUACAGGUCCUAAACUGUAGCUUUAAAAAAUUUUAGAAAAAAAAAAUUAUCGAAAAAUAUAGGUUAGAAAUAUAAUAAAAUAAUAUCGCAUCAUUAAAAUAUAUGUUUUCAUUCAUUACAGUUUAUUAAUGAUUUUACCAGAAUAUAUCAGCCUAUGGGUUAAUUGAAGGCGUCUAUGAAAAUAAGCCUUUGCUAAAUGAAGCUCUCAGCUAAUCUCAUUGUCAAAGACCAUUAUUACAGGAAUAUUUUUCACUUUAUACUUUUCUACAAAUAAUUUGCUUUGACACCAGAUAUUCUCUUCUUGACCUAUACAACAGGGAGACAGAAAUUAUUUUCUAUAUUAAUAUUGUUUGUUUAUUUAUUUUUUCAUUAUUUUUGUUUCAAUUGUGUAAAGAAAUCCUUUGAAGUCGAAAUAAAGUUACUAGCUUCGUUUCGUCACGAGAGAAUCGUCCCAUAUCAUGGAUUUUGCAAGACCCAGAACACGCUUUCCUUAUUUAUUGAGAGAAUUCCAAUGGUAUAGUUUCUAUGCUCAGACUUUAUUAAUGUAUUCUGUAUUUUUCCAAUAAGCCUCUAAUUAUCAUAUAACGAAAGAAACACAAUUAAUUAAUUCCAAAUUUAUAUCAAUAAGACCUUAAAAAAAAUUGUUAUAAUUUUUUUUUUUUUUUAAUUGAAUGGUUGAAGCAUUUUGACUCAUUAUAAAUAUUUUAAUGAUUAUUAUAUGAUUAUAUAUAUAAAUAUACAUAAUUUUUCUUUAAAAGGGUUCCCUUGACGAUUAUUUAAUUUUGGAGAGCAAUCCUGAUCUUACCGAAUCAGAGAUGCAGGAUAUUACAAAACAGAUUCUAGAAGGAUUGCAAUACUUACAUUGUAAAAAAAUAAUUCACAGAGAUAUAAAAGGUUGGACGAGCAUAGCUGAUAUAUACAUCAUUUAAAUUUCAGUAUUUAAAACAUUUUACUACAAAGUAAGCGUUUUACUUUUUACAUUAAAAUAAUAUAAUUUGAAAAAUCACAAAAAUUAAGCAAGCUAAUUUUUAUUUCCAUAUCUCAAUGAGCUAUAGAAAAUAACACCCUUAUAAAUAUAACAUAAAUAAACAAACCCAUUGUCCAGUUUCCAAACAUUUCAAUAGCAUGAUGGAAUGGAAGUUACUGGUAUACUGUAUACAAGUAAUGCACCUCAUAGGAUUUAUAUGAAAAAAUAAACUAAUAACAAGAUUUGGUACGUUGACACUAUGCGGUACAAACCCUAAUCUACAAUUUUACGUUGCUGCAAUCCCUUUUUCCUGUUUGGCUUUUUUACAUACACUCAUUUCCUUUCUGUUCCUCUUAACUUAUUGUAUCUAUUUUUUAGGUAGGACGCGUGCAAAUAUAUUAUGUACAUUUAAUUUAUACUUAUUUAAAUGUUUGGUUUUUGGUACUGAUGAGGCCCUUGGCCGAAACGUUUACAUUUGUAUUUUGUAAAAAUCAUCAUUAAAGCUGAACAUAGAUUGUUUAUUUAGACCAAUUGUUUGUGCCUAAUUAAUCUAAAAAAUAACAAGCAUGUGUGAGUGCCUUGGAGAUAAUGUAACACAUUAUGUUCUUAGACGUAUUAUGGAGAUCUCCUAUAAGUUCUGACGAUUGUCAGUUUCUUUCUGAGCUUUAUUUUAAUUGGUUGACUCUUAUACUAUGUAUGUUCAAAUCAUUUAAGCAACUCAUUUAUCUAUUCUAAAAGGCGGUGUAUAUUUUAAAGAAACGUAUUUACUCAUUCUCAGGGGCCAAUGUUUUACUUGAAGAAAAGUUUAUUAUAAAACUUGCUGACUUUGGUGUCUCUAAGACUUUAGAGGAAACAUCCAUGGCGACAACGGCAAAUGCGGGAACAGUACGCUGGAUGGCACCAGAAAUGUUUAUACCACAGCGUUAUGGCGUUUUGGUAGAUAUUUGGUAUAUACUUUUUUUGUUGUUGUUUUUGUUUUCCCUCUACUUUUUUAACCAAGCAAAUUUGGUAUUAUUACCUUAAAACCUCUUUAAUAAAUGAAAAAUAAACAAACAAAAGGUUAAAUAUUUAUUUUUAUAUUAUGUAUUGGAAAAAAAUGCAAUACUUAUAACAUACAGUUCUAAUGCUAACAUUAUGUAGCUACAAAAUCGUAUUUCAAAAUAUUGUUGAUAAUAAUAAAAACUAUUUCAUUUAGAUAAAAUAUUUGAAAAUCAUGAUGCCAUAAAAUCUAUAUUCUACUCUUCUAAUAUAUCAUUUAAUUAUCCCGAUCUCACGCUCUUUAUCUCUGUCUCAUUUCCCACCCUCACCCCUUUUUUAAUUCUCUUUUGAGUUCUUGACUAGAACGAAGAGUCGAUUUUCAAAACGCAGUAUCCGACAUUUUCGAAAAAAAAAAUGAGAUAACUGUACAGUCUUGUAGAGCAAACCAGGCUCCUUUGGGGCAUGUUAAAGUUUAUCUAAAAAAAACGCAUUUUAAUCCUAUAUUAUUCCAUGUCUAAAAAUGAUUUUAUUUUCAAAACGAGGUGUGAUUUUUUUUUUUUUAUUAUUAUCAAAAUGCUGUAUAUAUUUUCGGACCAAUCCGUGAGAUUGGCAAGCUGAUACUGCGGCAUUCUGCGCAUGCGCACUAAACAUCACGAAGCGAAAUAACAACAAACAUGGUGGUUAACGACGGCCUGGAUGAAAGUGUUGUUUGUACUAUAAAAUCUUGGAAAUAAAAAGAAAGAAAAGCUCAACACGAAAAAAAAAAAAAUCAUUUCGUCAAUCAAGUGGAGGAAAUAUACCCUUCGUUACGUGUGAUCACGAUAAAGGUUUCUGACAGGUGAGUUACCGGUAACUUUAUUACAAAACCACUAACGUUCAUUUUACAUUAACAUGGUAAAUCUAAUGGUUACUGGACAUCAGAAGUGUUAAGGAAAUGAAACUAAAAUGUUGCUUUACAGAGUUAGCUGUGUUAUUUAUUAUACAUCCAAUCUUUCACAUGCAGAGCCAGCCAUUACAGAAGAAACGGUGCUCAAGGACAGAAAAAUUUGCCCACUAAUUUGAACGUAAAAAAGGAGCAUCAACUUUUCUUUGAACAAAACCAAACUGCUAUUGACGAUGAUGCACACUCUAAAUCAGACACUUCAUUAUGCUCUAUUUUGUUCUUUUUCUAAAUUCAAAUAAAAUGAUUUGUGAAUUAAACAUUAUCUUGUUUAGGUUUUUUUGUAGAAUUCAGAUUUAUGAAAACAAAUCAUGCAGAAUUAUAACACUCUAAACGUUACCCUAUUACAGGGGUCUUUCCAGCAUGUAUAAUACUGUUCUGUUAAAAUAAAUCAAUAAAAAAUAUUAACCAUACACAAUUAUAUAAUGUAUAUGACACAAUUUUAUUUUAUGUUGCUAUGUAAGUGGUUUGUAAUCUAUAACAAACUAAAUUAUUUGCUACUUGGAAUCGUGUUAAGCUGUCAAAAUGGAUAUACAGCUUUUAAGUAAUAGUUGGAUACACAGCAUUUUGAAACAAAAUAGGAAAUUGAACCAAGUAAAUAAAUACAUUUUAAUUAACCUACAUUUCAAUUUUCACCAUAAUCUAACUUAUAUUUUGAAUAUAUACCUAAAUUAACAAUUACUUUUCCGAAAAUUUGAGCCAUCUUUGUGUAGCAGAAAAGGUCGAAUGUCUUAAAACGCCAAAAAUGGAGAAAGCAUUUUGAAAUCAUCAACUCAUUAUUCUUAUAAAUUAAACUAUAGAAAUAACUGAUCUACAGAAAACUUUGAAAAUCUAUUCGAAUAAAUGAUUAUUUAUAAUAUGUGUGUAUUUUAAAAAAAAAUAUUUAUUCUUUAAGGGCAGUAGCAUGCACGCUUAUUCAAAUGAUAAAUCGAGCUCCACCUUUCAAUGAUCUCCGAGAGACACACCUAGUAAUUGUACGGCUAAUGAGCCCAAACCCUUCACCGGCUUAUAACCUUAAAACAAAAGGCUCAAAACAUAGGGAGGAUUUUUUACGAGUAACACUUGAAAAAAAUUCAGCUCAGAGACCAAACGCCUCCCAACUCCUAGGAAAUCAUCCAUUUGUGGGUAUGUAAUUUUCUAUUAUUAAUUAUUCAAUGAAUAAUUUAGCUUUAUGAAAUAGUUUUCCACCUAUUUAAAUAUUUAAAAAAAAAAAGAAUGUGGACUACGCUUAGCAAUUUUUAUUUGGCAUAUCUCCAUUCCCAAAUGUUUCUCCUCAAGUUUACAAUAGCAGUCAGUGAAACUUAAAAAAAAAAGAAUAUUAAAUGAACACAAUAUUUUAGAAAAUGUAGAUUCAAACUUUAAACAAAAAAGUUUUAAAAAAAAAAUUCAAUAAUUAAUGCUUCUUAUAAUUAAUAUUGUAUGAUUUACAGUUCUUAAGAUUAAAGGCACAAAUUUAAAAAAAAAAUGAUUAAAUAUAUAUUAAAAAUAAAUAUCACUGUCAAUGACUACUUUACAUCGUUUCAUUUGGAUUUUUUAAACUGAGGUUAUCUAAUUAUGUUCUGUUAAGAAAACUUUUGGAAUAUGUCCCUCUGCCUGAAAAAUUAGGAAAUUUUACAUGAUAUUGAAAGCUACUGCAGAAUUUUCAAAGUGGCUUAGAAAUGUGUUUAGUGACUCAAAUUAACAAGCAAAGUGUGAAACUUCAUAUCUUAAUGUAAUCAUAAAUAAAUGGAAAAAAAAAUCGGAUGACGGAUGAAUAAAUGUAUCAGUAGAUUGAAAUAUCACCGAUAUAUUGACACGCUAAUACUAGUGAAGUAUUAUUGACCUCAAGCAGAUUUUUAAGGUGUUUAAAAAGAAUUUAAAACCGUUAAAAUCAUUUUUAUCAAAACUGCAAAAAUUAUUUAAUUUAAAACUGGUGGAAAAAGCUGUUGAUUUUAUUCUCAAUAUGUGUUUGCUCUGACAUUGUGCAUUUUCUAAUACUUACAGCUUCUUUGAAAUCAGACGAUACAAGCACGGAUAAUCACAGCAUGAGUCUGACUGAACUGAUCAAAUAUAAUAAAUGUAUGUAUGUAUGCUUGUUUUAAUCAACACGGCACUUAAUUUUCAUUGAAAGAUCCUAUCAUAGUUUUCUUUUUUAUCAAUUUUAUAUUGAAAGUAUCAAUUAUGCUUUCAUUGCACAAUUUAUGUUUAAAAAAGCGAUAUAAAUACUUUUAAUGGUUAUGCCAUGCUUCAGCGAAGGAUAAAUUAGUAAAUAUGUCGGUUAAAGGAAUGUUUUUUUUUAUCAUAGUGUUUCUGAAUGAUAUGUUCAUAUUUUGUCACUAUAUACUGUCUACUGAUCCGCUGUUAAGGAUUCAAAAUUCCUUUUUGAUGAAUCAGAGCUACGAUCAUUUUCAAUUUCAAUGUAAUCUCAUUGCUUCUUUCAUAUUCUCGAGUUGAGAAUUUUUUUUAUAGAUAUUUGAUUGUACAUGUAUAUAAUGCAAGAAACUCAGUCGUUGAGUAUAUAUUACCAGCCAUGUAUACACAUAGUAAUCACAGAAGGUUUCAAUGAAAAAAUAUACCUCCCCGCAUCGGGAAAUUAUUUUGAAAGGAAAUUUUUUCGACGGGAAAUUGAUCAACGGAAGAUUGAUCGAAUGGAAAUUUCUUCGAAUCUUUUUAUUCAGUUCACACGAUCAAAUUUUCGUCAAAUUUCUUUUUGAACACCACUAUACUAUACUGUAAAACAAAAGAAAGUGUUCAAAAAGAAAUUUGACUCAAAAUUUGAUCGCGUGAAGUGAAAAAAAAAAAAGGCCCAACUUCCGUUCGAUCAAACUUCCGUCGAUCAAUUUUCCGAUGACGAUAUUUCUUUUAAACAAAUUUCCUGUUACCAUUCCUCCCCAUACUUAAACUUAUAUCACCUAAUUAAGUUCCUAAUACUUUGUUUAUCUUAAUGUACCGGUACUAAAAACUGACGUAAUUUGAAAUCAGGAAGGAGCGAUAUUAUAAAUAUAAAUAAAAACAGUUUUAAAAUUAUGAAUACAACCAUAUUUCUUAAUGGUUGAUGCUGUUUUGAAAGACGGUAACGAAUUCAGUAAACUUAACAAAGAAAGAUUUCAUUUAUUAUUCAUUCUUCUCAAAGGUGUGCGAUUUUCUAAAAUAUCAACUUUUUUCGGCGAAGCAUUUAUCCACAGGUCAAAAUAUUUGAAAUAUUUUUGAAGUUUUAAAUGAUUAUUUUUUUUUUUUUAAAUGUCUAGUCAAAAUUUAUUUUUAUUUAUUUUUUUAAAUUUUUAUUUUUUAAAAAAGAAUUACAUCCUCUUAAGCUUUUAACUUUAUUCUAAUUUAAAGCAAAAAUUAGCAAACACGUGAUCCUAAUUUUUUUUAUCCGCGCUGUUUUCUCUAAUCUUUUAAACAGCUUGUGACACAAAUCCUGGACACAGACUAUUUGUGCCCAUUAAAUACUUCAACAUCAAUCAUCUCCCCCUUGGUUACCAUGACAAUGACGCUGUAGAGCUGGUGAAAGCAGUGGCGAAUAUCACCGUUCGCGUGUGCGUACAAAAUGUCAGUUUCGAAAGACCAAACUUUACUGCAGAUACUUAUGGACCAUACCCAUUCUCUGACAGGAGAGGAAGCAUUGCUACGAGGACAGGGACUGGGUACGUUUAUCGUAUAGAUAGGAAGAGAGAUACAUGUUGUAUAUGUACCCAGUGUAAAAAGGCUGACACGCCCAGCAAUCACUGGGGGGAAAUAUGGGUAGUUACAGCAACGAAAGUCGUAUUUGACAACCAAGAGGCUCGAAGAACAACCUGUAGGAUUUUCUAUGAUGAAAUAAAUUCACCUUUUAAAAAGAAUCUACUUGAAGACUUUUCAGUUGAGGAGGCGAACAUAGAGACAGACAGGUGCGUUAUAAAAUGUGCUACGUGUGAUCCAGAAAUAUUAGACAACGUUUCGUCUUUGUUGAGACAAGCGGAAAUAUGUCGAAGCAGCUUGGUUGAAAAAUAUAUAGGCAGAGAAGAGGAGCCAAUAUUAGCCAUAAUUGUCUCCCAUCCACACGGUUGUACAAAGCAGGUGACAGUUGGAGAGUGGCGAGAAAGGAGAGAAAAGAGAGAAUUGGGUGCAGACCUUACACACUAUACAUAUACAGCAAGCACGUGCCCCGGUUCUGAAGGAGCACCAGUUGUUAUGCUAAGCAGGAUAAACCACAUGGCAUACCACACUCACAGUGGGACCAAUGCCGACGGAUUCGGCUACAGUGGGUUUUGGAAUGGUUAGCAUGGCUCUGUGUGCCCAUGAGCUGAGAAAAAUGUAUUAUUUUUUAAAAAUACAUUGACAUGACAAAAACCAGGAAAAAAUUGUGCUUGACGAAGUUGUGAAAAAUUUCAGUUGUCCACUGCACACUUUUAGCCAGGAUAUAGUCUUAAUGCAAAUCUUUCAGUUCAGGUAAGACUCGAAACUUUGAAACUACCCCGACAUGUUAAGGCUUCCCAUCUUGCCAUGCACAAUCAACAACUUUGUUCAUAUUGAAAACAUGUUAUUAGGAAGUCUCGAUGUAUGAGUCAAAUUAACAUCCCCAUCGUUUUAACCUGGGUAAAUUAAGUAUGCCACUGAUCCACUCAUGUCACAAAAAAAAGUAUGAUAGAUUAAGAACAUGGUAUAUGAAAGCUUGAAUAGAGCAAUCAACAAAUCUUUCUUCCUUGCUUUCUCUCCCUCUCUUUGGUUCACUCUCUCUUUCUCUCACUUUCUUUUUUCCCCUUGAACAUCCAAAGUCAGACGUGUGUCACCUCUUGUUGUUGCCUUUGUGUGUAGAAAAUGUUGAAUAAGUCUUGAGUUAAACAAAAUGAAACCCGAGUUAUCUCUUUAUGGCUUUUAUAUUUAAAAUUAUUUAUGCAUGUUUAAUUUUUAUUAAUUUCAUGAUAUAUUUUAAAGGUAUAUUUCACAAGCAAAUAUAUGUGUAUUAAUAAAAUGAACAUAAACUAAUUAAAAGC